GUGGGAAGAUUUGAGCCGACCGUAAAAACCUCCUGCUGACUACAAGAAAGUCACCCACCCAAAAUCAUCUAUACACGUGUGGGACAAUCACAAAGCUUACAAGUCUCACGAGUCUUCUCUCGUCAUAUCAACAAGCACAGACAAAUUUGUGAACAGAGUUUUUAUCUCAGCAGGAACAAUGGCACACAGAAUUGGUAACACCGAGAAGAUCAUUGUCGGGGACAACUCAGGGAAGAUUGGCGCAGAUAAUGCCAUCAGUAUUAGCGACAAGGCAGCUCUGGAUCCACUCCUUCAGGGAAUACCGACAAGAAAUGAAGUCAAUAUUGGUAACAUAACUAAUAUGGCCAUUGGAGAAAACAUAGGAGACAUCGGUGCAAAUAACAACUGCAAUGUCAGUGGCAGAAAAGGUGUCAAACUCAGUAUUGGUAACAUAUGCACCAUGAAUACUGGAUCCAACACAGGAGACAUUGGUGCAGGGAACAACUGCAAUAUAAUGGGAGGUGAGGGAGUCAAAAUAGCCAUUGGCAACAUAGGUAACAUGACAGCUGGAGACAAUGCAGGAGGCAUUGGUGUAGGAAACAACUGCAAUGUGAAUGGAGGAAAGGGAGUAGAAAUUAAUAUUGGCAAUGCAACAAACACAGUGCUCGGGUCCAAUGCUGGAGGGAUUGGUGCAGGGAACAAUAUUAACAUUAGUCAAUAAAUCGCAGAACAAAAGACCAUUGACCACAGCACAGUACGUCCUAACAUAAAGAAAUAAAUGCUAAUUCAUUCAAAUCUGUGGACAUGUUGAUUGAUCAGAUUAAUGUUCAAAAAAAGUUUUUUUAAAAGCACUUUUUCAAACUUGUCUGUCUGAUUGUCUCGAUUAAAGUUUUUUGGAGAUAA